AGUUCCAAUAAAUGGAAAGGAUUGGUUUGUUGUUGAUUUCAUUUUUUCGCUCAUGAAAGCGCAGAAACUCGUCUAUCAAGACUCGAAAGCAACAUGAUUGUUGACAGGCUUUCUUCGUGAAAAUUAAUGCUAUGUUGCCAAAAGUUGGAAUAUUUGGAAGCAGCACGUUGGCCGCCGCCAUAAUCCGAGAACUGCAGCGGCUGUCGUUUGAAUUGGUUGGAUUGUGGGAUCAGCAUAUGAAAACUGCUGUCGCAUGGUGUCAGCAUUUCCAGAUUCCCUUUCCGACCGAUUCAGUGGAGGUCUUACUGCAAAACCAAGAAGUCGAUCUGGUUUUUAUCUUUGCUCCGGCCUAUUUCCACAAGGAAAUCGCUACAAAAGCCUUGGCAGCAGGCAAGCAUGUUAUCUGCGAGCCACCUUUGGGGAUCACCUGCGCAGACAACGCUGCUAUCAUGCAGCAGGCUCUCUACUAUCCUACACUAUUAACAAUCUCCACAUUUGGAUUGCGACAUACACCAGGAUUUUCCAAACUGCGAAGCAUCCUCGAAAGUGGCCAGAUCGGUGCAGUUCAGUCCGUUGAAGUGACAGUUAACUGUGGGCCGAGUGCUCCCGUCGGGCAGUUGCCGUACGAUUGGACAUGCAUCGGUCGUCUCCUGGGCGGUCCGCUGUUCACACUGGUCUGUCACAUUGUCGAUCUAAUAACGUUUCUGUCCGGGAAGCGGGCCUAUUCGGUGUGUGGGACAGUGCGCCGUUUCCAGCGUAGCCCAGCGCACUUCCAGUACGAUCAGCAUAUGACGCGCGAGGAUUUCGUCAGUUGGCAAAUGCUGCUGGAAGGCAAUAUUCCCUGCACCUGUCUCGUCAACAGCAAUCAGCCAGGCAGCUUCAACUUCCGGUUGACUAUUUCCGGACGAGAAGGGCUAGUCAUGGUAGAUGACGGUGUCAUACACGUACAGAAAUCUCCGGAGUUUUGUCGAGAACGGAUAGGCACAGUAUUGGAUGAUAGGGAUCCUGCGGUGCUGCCCGAUAAGUCGGAACUGGCUGUGGGAUUCGACUAUCGCCAUCCGGAAUGGGUGGUAUCCGGUGUUGUGGACUUGUGCAGUAUGUUGAAGACAGCGUUCCAGCAAGCAGCUGAACGACGUUGUUUCUCCCCAGAUGAGCUUCAGGCAGCCGGUGGAUUCGUCGAUUGUCAGUACGCUCGUAGUGUGUGCGAUGCCAUUCGCAGUUCUCACGAAAACCGGCGCUGGAUGGAAGUGUCAAUUCCAUUGCGGAACAAUAAUACAGCUUCCACAGCUCAAACUGUUCUUCUUUCGCUCAAGCGUUUCCAUAUAGCCAACUCGGCAUCUACGUAGCUUUUAUGGUUUGUCGCUAUCAGACAUUAUUUUUGAAUCUUUUUUUGUUUGAGUUCUCGUUUCUGUUGUGAAAACGGUGCUUUCCUUGUUCGGUUCCUUGUCUCAACGAAAAAUAAAACCAGAGAUCGAUCGGAAACGGAUGUUAACUCAAA